AAGAUCUUGUUGUGGUCGAACCUCUUUUUGCUCGUGUUCUUCCGUGUCCGUGUCGCCCGCCUGCUGUGCUGUGGUUUGUGAAUAAUUCGUUUUUGUUGCUGGUGUUGUUGGGCCUCGAUUGGCUCGCUGACCCCUCGCGCGAGAGGUGGGUGCGGGUGAGACAGUGUGGAAAAAGCCGCAGCUUGUUGUUCGAAAGGGGCGUUCCGAAAGCAUCGGAAUUACAACCGGAAGCCAUCGGUUUGUAAUCCCCGUUGACCUGAUACUUCGACCGACCGACAGUUGGACGUGGUGAAAGAGUGUUAAUCUGUGAUCUGUGGUGCAAAUUUCUCCAGUAGGUACGUGCGAGUACUGAGAUUCAAACAAAGUCGGCGUUGAUUGAAGCAUAAUCGUACGAGUGUCGCAAGCGUGGAAAAAAGUGGUUUUGACAAGUGUGAAAAUUAGUAAAAUUUCGAUAGAAAAAUAGCAUUAAAAGUCUCGUGUGUGUGGUGUGUGAAGUAACUGGUUUAUUAGUUAGGCAAUCGCGUUGUCGAAGUUCGAAGAAAAUCGUAGCGAAGUCAAAUGUGCCAAUCCUUUUAGCUCUUCUGAAGUAGUGGCUCUAUGAUAAUGAAGGCGAUUACGAUACAGCAGAUGACAAGAGCAAAACUGUCGUUUUGUGCCGUGGCACUGACGCUGCUGCUGACGGUGGCCAAUCUUGGCUGGCCGGUCCAGGCCCAUGUCGCGCUGACGUUUCCACCGGCGCGAAAGUAUGACCUGGAUUUUCUGGACAACACACGCACCAAAGCACCGUGCGGGAUGCCGAAAGGUUCAUUGAAAACGUCAUUCCUGGCCGGAAGCACUUUCAACAUUUCGUGGCAUCUCGCUUAUCCACACCGGGGUGGAUUCUUUCUCGAAGUAUUGGACCAGAAGGAAAAACCCGUUCUGAAUCUGACGAGCAGUGUGAAAAGGGACGAUGUGACGGCGCAACAAUACCAGGUGACGCUGCCCAGAGAUUUCACCUGUCCGGACUGUUCGAUCCGGUUGACUCGUCAGGCGGACGAGUGGGGCGGCAAUUACCGGUUUUGGUCAUGCGCCGAUGUGGAUAUCGUUCAACGGAAGGAAUACCGGGAGACCUGUUCCGGUCAUGGAAAGUUCUUCACUCGGUGCAAGUGCGAGAAAAAGUACUACGGCAACCGGUGUGAGUACUGGGACGAAUGCACUACGAACCAGGACUGUGGCCUGCAGGGAACGUGCGUCGAUUUGGGUGGAACAUCCUUACCCCGGAAGCAGUGCUACUGUCGGUUGGGUUGGUACGGACCGGGCUGCAGCAAAAAAUCGGAAAUCAAGACCACUGAUAUCGAUUACUCGCUGUACAAGCUGAAAACUUUAUCACCGGAUCUGAACCUGUACUGGCGUGUGCUGAAGGAGCGCAGCGAAAUUGAAGUGGUUUUGAAAGUGAAUGGCACCUCUUGGGUCGGGUUAGGAUGGCGCCCAAGGCAGUUGAAAGCUGAGUGUAAAAACUUUCCGCUAAUCGGAUCGGCGGCAGCUGCUGGACCAGCAGCGGUUCCCGAGCCUGGUGCGGAACCAGAACCGGGUGCAGAGCCGGGCGCUGAGCCCGAGCCGGGUGCAGAACUAGAACCAGGAAGUGAACCGGAACCGGAAGCAACGGCAGAACCCACCUCCGAACCGGCUGCUCACCCGGAGCCGGAACCGGAGGGCUCAGCCGAGCCAGAACCAAAAUCGGAACCGGAACCUGAGCCGAAGUCGGAACCGGAACCGGAGCCCGCCUCAGAACCGGAGCCGGAAAGUACCGCCGAACCUGAACCGUCCGCUGAGGGCAGUGCCGAACCGAAGGCGGAACCCAAAUCGAGGAAGAGCAAACGUGCCACCGGUGAUUCUCGCUCACCAGCCAGCGAACCGGAGCCUGAAUCAUCCCCAAAGGCCGAACCAGAACCAAAAUCCGAACCGGCAUCGGAACCCGAGCCUAAAGCUGAAACCACGGCCAAGCCAAAGCCCGCAGCGCCUCGGAAAUCGAACCCGUGGACUCCUCGGCACGAUUUCAAUCCAAUGGACUGCACGGACAUCGUUAUUGGAACAGCCCGUGGCGAAAACCAUCGGGUGUGGGACUAUUACACCCGCGAUAGGUCAACGCCACGGUUGGACACGUUCUGGGGUGGCAAGUCGGACCUGACGGCUGCCGGUGGUUUUGAGGCGGAUGGCGUCACGACGAUUGUGUUCCGCCGGAAGUUACAGGCGGACGAACCAACCGAUCAUGCCAUUGUCGAUGAUUUGAUGCACGUCAUCUGGGCUAAAGGACAGGAACCCGGAGCGUACGUGCAUUCGCCACCAUCCGGCUUGGAGAAGGACAUGGCCAGUGUGCAAGAUUUCUAUAUGCGCGACGAGCUCAAGUACCACGGCCACCGGAUGCAGCGAGGUGUAACGCAAGUCAAUUUCUUAGAGGAAAAGAUGCUCGAACCGUUGCAGGCCGCCAAUGGAACGGAAGGCGAAAGAAUAGCAGAUGGUGUGAUUGUACCGGCUGGACCGAAGAGUCACGAGUUGGACAACGAAUGUCAUGGUUUCUGGAAGUUCCCUCGUAAUUGCGAGCCAGAAAAGUUCAAUUGUGAAUAUUUCGCUAGCUGGCAUGUGGUCGGUAAGGGUGAUGCCGUCACGUUCCACAUUGAGACCAAUAACACCGGAACGUGGACGGGAAUCGGCUUCAGCAAUGAUCAGAAGAUGUCCCAAACGGAUGCUGUUAUCGGUUGGGUCGAUAAGACGGGUAGACCGUUCCUGAUGGACACUUGGAUCAAUGGAUACUCCGCACCGAAGCUGGACGAUCGACAGGAUCUGUACAAUGCAUCCGGUAGGAUUAGCAACGGGUUAACCAUUCUUGACUUUAGCCGAAAGCGAGACACUAGUGAUGAAAGUGAUUUAGCCUUCACGGAGGAACAGUGUCUGUAUUUAAUGUUCCCGCUGAACGGAGGAAUCUUCAAUUCGGUGAACAAAAAGAUCCGCAAGCACGAUUCAACACCGGUCGUAACGGAUACCCGUGUUUGCGUCAAAUCGUGUCCGCAACUGUUUGAGAAUUUGUUCAACACCAUUACUACCCCUGCUCCGGAACGUGUCGCUUAUGGGGCAGCGUUUAAGCUGACCAAUCUGGCUGCGGCAUUCAAAAUUCCGGAAAUGGGUACACCGGAGUACAGUGACCUUACGAAAUCGAUCACCGACAACUUCAACGGAAUGCUGAAGGGUGUGGGCGGUUUCUACAAAACCGAUGUGGUGAACUUUGAAACGGAUCCAAGUGGAGUCGUGGUUAAUAUGAACAUUUUGCUGAACAAGGACGGUAUAGAAAGCAACCUAGUCGAUGAUCCAGCUAAGCUGGAGCAGACAAUUCAGCAUUUGAUUCAAAACAAUUUAUCAUCGGGAAAGAUUGGUGCACUAUCAGUCGAUCCCGAGUUCUUGGAAUUUACCGCAUUGGAGUAUAAACAACCGAUCAAUAAUGAGCCUUCAUUCUUUGAAAAGGCCGGUACAAGGUUGUACACCAUUUUGGGAUGCAUAGCCGCGUUGGUGUUCAUCGCCAUUGUACAGGCCAGCUGUACCAUCUACAAAACGCGAAAGACGAAACAAAUGAGGGAUCAGUUAAUUCCGAAUUCGGCCUGGAAGGACUACUCCUCGAAUACGAACUACGCGUUUGACAAUUUCGAAAGUGACAUGAAGGUACACCACGGCAAGCAUCGUUCGGAUCGCGGUUACAGCAACGGAAACAGCCAACAGACGACACUGCAGAUGUCGCAUUCGCCGAACAAAUCGCAGUACUACGAAAUCGAUCGAACCGACGGCAUGCACCGGAACGGAGAUCACAGAAAUGGUUCCAUGCAGCCCCGUACCAGACACGACUCCCGUGGCGGACAGGACCGAUCGUCCUCUUCGUACGCCGACCGCGCCUAUUCGCUGCCCCGCCCGAUGCACCAGGAUCAGCAGCAGCAGCAGCAUCAGCAUCAGCAUCAGCAACAGCACCAGUCGAUGCAGCGACCCGGUUCCGAGUACUACACGCACGAUCGGCGCGGCCAGAAGCGCACGCCCAGCCACAACCCGGCCGGCAACAAUGGUGCCCACUACGCGACCAGCUCGAUAACCGGCAAUGGCAACGGAAUGCAUUACCAGCAAGCUAGUCAACCACCGCAGCAGCACCAGCAGCAGCAGCAGCACGGUUCUUCCGGUGGUCACAUGCCCGCCGAAUCGUCCGAUCUGUACUUCACGCCGACCCAGCGGAAGUACUCCGGCGAGGUGGUGCGAGUUUUCGUCGACUACAAUAAGGAUAAGAAAUAGUUUGACGGUUAGGUGGUGGGUGCAAGCGAUGGAUGAAUGGUUCGCUGAACGGUUGAGAGGUUUAUGUUCGAUGGUAGCAUGCCGUGAGUUUAUGAGGUGCGUGUCAAAAGUGAGUGAGUUUUGUUGUUUGUGGUGUGCUCGAACGAUAUUCGAUUGAAAUUUGUACGAAAAAGUAAAGUGAAACUGUUUUAACAACCAUUUUAAUUAGUGCUAUUUUAAAAAUCUUUUAUGCGUGUUCUAAUCAAUCUGCCACUUCUGUAAUCUGUACUACGUAAGUACUCUUAAUAAGUGAACAUAAAUGGAAGCAAACCCAACUUCGGCUGACUUUUUGGGUAAGUUUCACUUCAUUUUUCUGUGUCCAAAAACGUGCGGAAAAUUGUAGCAAAAAUCCUGGGCUCCAUUUAUGUUUACGUUAUACAAUCGUUAACGAAUUACAAUUACUCUAUCCACAUCGUCAGGGAGCUAAAAGUCAUACCACAUACCACACAAACGAUUAGGGAUGUAAUUGUUCCACUUACUGUUGAUGUAAAUAUAUUGAUAAACCGUAAUAAGGUAAUGGUAUCAAACGUGACCUUGCUGCUGGAGGUUUCCAAGCACGAUGUUUGGGACCAAUCCGUCGGGGUGCCGCAAAUUUCAUCUAAAGAAAGCCACACACCGACCGCGAACCGACUCCGAGGUUCACGGUUUGGCGGUUUUUGUUUUACUGUAUUGUUUUGUUAUUUUCUAAGUUUUAGCUAAGCCAUUCUAAUCUGGUACAGUAUAUAAUUUCAUGUUAACGUAAAGGAAUGUUAUUGAUAAAUCUACAAUAGAAUUAACACAAAACCCAAGACCAGUAAUCCGAAUGAACGCGCAAUAGUGUUUUCAGCUGAUAUUUCAAUGAAUUUAGUCAACCGUUUCAAUCUCUGAAAAUAUUUGCCGCUUAGUUUAUACUCGUGUAAAGCAAUGAAUCUGGCAAUAAUACUCCUCAUCUAUGUUAGGAUCAAGUUAUACCAAGUUAUCUCCCUAAUAAGGUAGCGUAACACAAAAACAUGCGACGACAAUCUUAUUGUAAAUAGAGCCUACCCAAGAACUGUACAAUAGUAUUUUCCAAAACUUUGCACAUAAUUUCUAACCUUUGAAAUAUGCAUCCGAAGGAACAAAGCCACCUUCUGUGUACAGCUAAUGCUAAAGGUUGUUUUUAUAUGAUAGCGUCUGAAUUGUAAAAAAAAAUAUGUUCGUAACCCUUACCAUUUAAUUUCGGUGAAAUAAACACCCAAUAGAAGUACAUAUAUAUGAAUAAAAGUUAGCCAUUAA